GGAGCUGAGGGGCGGGAGGCGCGAAUUUGACCGUGUGGAGCGGCGGAGCUGCAGCGCUUAGAGGGAGGAGUGGCGGUGGCGCGUCACCUGGCAGCGGCGUAGCAGCAGUGAAGUAUCUGAAGUAAAGAAGAAAGCACAAUGUCCUCAGUGUCUUCUGAAUACACCAUUGGUGGGGUGAAGAUUAACUUUCCUUGUAAAGCUUAUCCAGCACAGCUUGCUAUGAUGAACUCUAUUGUCAGAGGACUAAACAGUAGUCAGCAUUGUUUGUUGGAGAGUCCCACAGGAAGUGGAAAAAGUUUAGCCUUACUUUGUUCUGCAUUGGCAUGGCAACAAUCUUCUACUGGAAAGCCGGUGGAUGAGGGCUUGAAUAAAAAGCUUGAGGUGCCAUCAUCAUGCUGUUGUGCAUGCCAUUCAAAGAGCUUUAUGUACAGCAACACGGACAUGGGUACUUCCCCUCAUUUCAGUAGUCCAAGCAAACUGUCUGAGAGAAAUGGCUCUUCACCACCCUGUCAAGAUUCUCCUGAAAAAAAUACUCUGGCUGCAAAGUUAUCUGCCAAGAAACAGGCAUCUAAACACAGAGAUGAAGAUGAUGAUUUUCAAAUGGAGAAGAAAAGAAUCCGACCCUUAGAAACUGCACAGCAGAUGAGAAAACGUCAUUGUUUGGAAAAGGAUGUCCACCAUUUGGAUGCACGGGUAGCUUCGGAAAAGAAAGUAAAACCUGAGUCUCCUGUAGGAAAGACAAGCUCCUCUUUCCAAAAUCUCGAUGGCCUCUGUUCUAGGUGCUGCUGUUCUACCAAACAAGGAAACAGUGAAGAGUCUGCAAAUACUGUUAAGAAAGAUCACGGGGGACAAUCCAAGAGACCCAAAAUUUAUUUUGGGACACGCACGCACAAGCAGAUUGCUCAGAUUACUAGAGAGCUCCAAAAGACAGCUUACUCAGGGGUCCCCAUGACUAUUCUUUCCAGUAGGGAUCAUACCUGUGUUCAUCCUGAAGUGAUGGGCAACUUCAACAGAAAUGAAAAGUGCAUGGAAUUGCUGGAUGUAAAACAGGGUAAAUCCUGCUAUUUUUAUCAUGGUGUCCAUAGAAUUAAUAAUCAGCACACAUUGCAGUCCUUUCCGGGAAUGUCCAAAGCCUGGGACAUAGAAGAGCUUGUCAGCCUCGGGAGGAAACUGAAGGCAUGUCCCUACUACACAGCUCGGGAACUGAUAGAUGAGGCUGACAUAAUAUUUUGUCCCUACAACUACCUCUUGGAUGCACAAAUACGGGAAAGUAUGGAUAUAAAGCUGAAAGACCAAGUUGUCAUUUUAGAUGAAGCUCAUAACAUUGAAGAGUGUGCUCGGGAAUCAGCAAGCUACAGUGUAACAGAAGUUCAGCUUAGGUUUGCUCGGGAUGAGUUGGACAGUUUGAUCAACAGUAAUGUAAGGAAGAAAAACCAUGAGCCCCUACGAGAUGUGUGCUAUAACCUCAUUAAUUGGUUAGAAACGAAUUCUGAACAUCUUGUAGAAAGGGACUAUGAAUCAUCUUGUAAAAUAUGGAGUGGAAAUGAAAUGCUCCUAAGUUUGUACAGAAUGGGCAUCACCAACGCUACUUUUCCUGUUUUGCAGAGACAUUUUUCAGCUGUUCUUCAAAAAGAAGAAAAAGCCUAUGGCAAAGAGGAAGCAAUACAAAUACCUAUCAUUAGUGCUUCAACUCAAAUAAUGCUCAAAGGACUCUUUAUGGUGUUAGACUAUCUCUUUAGAGAAAAUAGCAGAUUCGCAGAUGACUAUAAAAUUGCCAUUCAACAAACUUACUCCUGGACAAAUCAGAUUGCUAUUUUUGAUAAAAGUGGGGUCUUGGCUGUACCAAAAAAUAAGAAACAUUCACGACAGAAAAUUGGAGUUAAUGUGCUGAACUUUUGGUGCUUAAAUCCAGCUGUGGCCUUUUCAGAUAUUAAUGACAAAGUACGAACCAUUGUUCUAACAUCAGGAACACUGUCACCUCUGAAAUCCUUUUCAUCUGAGCUUGGGGUUACAUUUAACAUCCAACUAGAGGCUAACCAUGUUGUCAGUAACUCACAGGUUUGGGUUGGUACUGUUGGCUCAGGACCCCAGGGUCGGAAUCUCUGUGCUACCUUCCAGCAUACUGAAACAUUUGAGUUCCAGGAUGAAGUGGGAAUGCUUUUGUUAUCUGUGUGCCAGACUGUGAGCCAAGGAAUUUUGUGCUUUUUGCCAUCUUACAAGCUAUUAGAGAAAUUAAGAGAACGUUGGGUUUCUACUGGCUUAUGGCAUAGUUUGGAGUCAGUCAAGACAGUCAUUGCAGAACCCCAAAGAGGAGAAAAAACUGAUUUUGAUGAAUUGCUCCAGGUGUACUAUGAUGCCAUCAAGUUCAAAGGAGAGAAAGAUGGAGCCCUUCUCAUAGCGGUUUGUCGUGGCAAAGUGAGCGAGGGUCUGGAUUUCUCAGAUGAUAAUGCCCGUGCUGUCGUAACAGUAGGAAUUCCUUUUCCAAAUGUGAAAGAUCUUCAGGUUGAAUUGAAACGACAAUACAAUGACCACCACUCAAAAUUAAGAGGCCUUUUGCCUGGCCGUCAAUGGUAUGAAAUUCAAGCAUACAGAGCCCUAAAUCAGGCUCUAGGCAGGUGUAUUCGACACAAAAAUGAUUGGGGAGCUCUUAUUCUGGUGGACGAUCGUUUCAACAGCAAUCCAAACCGCUAUAUAUCAGGACUUUCUAAAUGGGUGAGGCAACAGAUUCAGCACCACUCAACCUUUGCAAGUGCCCUGGAGUCCCUGACUGAGUUUUCUAGAAGACACCAGAAAGUUACUAAUAGAUCCAAGAAAGACAAGGAGUCUACCCUGAACGUGGCCUGUUUGGAGGAUAGCACUCUUACAGGUGUGUCAAAAGCAAGUCAUCUAUCGCCAGAAAAUUCUAGAGAAGAAGAAGCAAAACUGUGUGUCCAGGAGCUGCAAUGUCCCCAGAUGACUGCUAAAAACCCAUCAGUGCCGAGUCACGACAUCCCCAGAAGGAAGAAAAGUGAUCCAGUACUAAGAGAGGAGUCUGUUCAAACAAUGAAAACAGAGAAAAAUGUCAUUUCCAGAUCCUCAAGCCCAACUUUCGGGAAGCAAACAGAGCCAGUCAGCUGGCCUGUCUUCAAGUCCCUGAGACAGCACUUUACUAGGAAAGUAAAGAAUCAGACACCUGUGCUCGGGUCAUCAAAGAGCCAUGCCUCUGGCUCUUCCACCUUCAAAACAGAAAAAACAGAAGACAGCACUGCUUUGCCACACACAGGUAAACGCGUGUCCUCAAAGGAAACAGUGAAUGCACCAUUCGCACCUUGCCCUCAGUCAGAAAGCUUAUCGUCGAUGAAGGUUGACAUUACUCCUGCUGAGAACCAUUCCAAACAGCUGUUCUGCUCUGAGAAAGACGUGCAUCCGGGUACUGAGUCGUCUCCAGUAAGUGAAGAUGCCAACCGUUCCAGUUCAAGCGCAGCUAUAGAAACAGAAGCAGGAGAUGACUCCCUGAGCCUCACACCUGAACUCUUUGAUCCUGUUGAUACUGAUGAAGAAAACAGUGAACCAGUUGAAACUGAUAGAUCCAGUAAUAAUUCAGAUUGUUUCUCAUCUGAAGACCUUUUUGAAAGUGUAACUGACUUCAGCCAGAAAUGAAAGUCAGAGGUUGCACAGGCACAAAGUUGAACAGAGUCAUGCCAGUGGAAGAGAACAAAGCUGACAACUUGUAUAAGCAAAUUAGAGCUGGGAAACUCCUGCAUAGACAUGAGGAUCUAUGAGCGGUAGUGGGAGGGGCUCCCUGAUGUUAGGUAAUGCUGUCAGGAUUUUGUUAAGCCUCCUUGUGUAAAUAAUUUAUACAUUAGGUAAAUGUUGUAAUUUUAAUUCCUUGGAUAUAUUUUCAUUGUUAAUUCAUUGUCAGAUUUGUCUAUUUUAUGUUCAGAAAUACAAGUUUUAUUCUAGAGUUUUAAUUAAGUAAUCCAUACAAAGUACUUUCCUCUAAUAUUUAGUUUCCUGGUGCAUUUCCAGUUUCACACAAUUACUCAUAUUUUAUGGUUCACUUAAUGUGACUUCAUACUCAUAUACAAAGAUUAAUCUCAGUUGAAUCUAGCCACACUUCAGCCAAAUGAUACUGUAUAUUUUAAUUCAAAUUUAUACAAGAUGUUUUUUAGAAAUCAUAGUUUAUCUCCAAAAGCUUGCUGUCUCUUUAAACUGCCUUCGAUUGGGCAUAGUGCACACAGCUGCUUUCCCAGCACAUGGAAGACUCAGGCUCUGGGCCUGUUUCAAAGUCAAAAGAAAAAAAAAAUGGGUUGGAACUAGCUUGUUACAGAACAAAAGGAAAGAGUAUGCAUAUUUCAUUGAAAUUGGAGGGUUUUUUGUUUUCUAAAACUAAAAUAUCAAAAAUAAAAUUAUAUGCAGUUAUAGAAUGCCAUUUGAAAUACUCAAAAUAUCAACUCAAUUCUAAUUUUUUAGCUUCACUGUCAUCAUAGACAGUGAUGUGCCUCAACCUCUGACCUCCAUACACAUAUGCACAGACCACAACAUGUACACAUGUACACACACACUCAUGUACACAUAUACAUGUACACACAUACAGAAAUAAUACACAGAUCCUAGCAGUGCCAAAGAUGUGAUACAUUCUGCUAUAAAGUUUUAAUUCUGUAACUAUUAAGAUGGGAAACUUGGUAUGUUAAUUUAAUAAAUAAGCAGAUGUUGCAUAUCCACAUACACAUAUAUAAAGCAGUCUCUGAAAUAUGUUCCCUUAAAGAACAGGAAUCUAGUGUGAAUUUUGAGUGUGUGAAAGUUUUAGAAACUAAAACUGUAUAUCUGAUCAAAAAUGUUUAUAAAAAAUGGUCACCUCUGACAUUCCAAAAUUACAUCCACUGAAUGGA